AGAAACAAUUUGAGCACCGUGUACUGCUACAACUAGAAAAAUUGACAAUCCGCCAUUACAUUUUUCCGCGGGUCUCGCUCGCAUUUCUCUCGCAAUAUCGGUUUAAUUUUCGUUUAUAUUGUGUUUAAUGCCGUGCAAAAUAGUCAGAGAUUAGUCCCUGUGAUUCUUCUUGUGGCAUUGCACCGAUACUUGAAACAGUGCGUCGGCUAUUGAGCGAAAUAAAUCCCCCAAAAAACAUUCUUGUGAGUCAAUGGCAGCAGAAAUGGAUGAAAAGUAUGAUAUUGACGAGCUAAUUGCCAAGUUAUUGGAAGUGCGUUUAGCCCGCCCAGGGAAAAAUGUGCAACUGUCUGAAAGUGAAAUACGUGGAUUGUGUUUAAAAUCCCGUGAAAUCUUCCUGUCACAGCCCAUCUUGUUGGAACUUGAGGCUCCGCUGAAAAUUUGCGGUGACAUUCAUGGACAGUACUACGAUCUGUUGCGUCUAUUUGAAUAUGGGGGCUUCCCGCCAUAUUCAAAUUAUCUUUUCCUUGGUGAUUAUGUGGAUCGUGGUAAACAGUCAUUGGAGACAAUAUGCCUACUACUUGCCUACAAAAUAAAGUAUCCAGAGAAUUUCUUCCUGCUACGAGGAAAUCAUGAAUGUGCUAGUAUCAAUAGAAUUUAUGGUUUCUAUGACGAAUGCAAGAGACGCUACAAUAUAAAAUUGUGGAAAACAUUUACAGAUUGUUUCAAUUGUUUGCCAGUUGCAGCAAUUGUUGAUGAGAAAAUCUUCUGCUGUCACGGUGGCCUAAGUCCCGAUCUGCAGUCAAUGGAACAAAUUCGACGUAUUAUGAGACCCACCGAUGUCCCAGACCAAGGACUUCUCUGUGAUCUUCUGUGGUCUGACCCCGAUAAGGAUACAUUGAGUUGGGGUGAAAAUGAUCGUGGCGUUAGUUUUACAUUUGGACCAGAGACGGUUCUGAAAUUCCUGCGUAAGCACGAGUUUGACUUGAUAUGUCGUGCUCAUCAAGUUGUGGAGGAUGGUUAUGAAUUUUUUGCAAAACGACAACUCGUGACGCUAUUUUCAGCGCCCAAUUACUGCGGUGAAUUUGACAAUGCAGGUGCAAUGAUGUCUGUGGAUGAGACAUUGAUGUGCUCAUUCCAAAUACUGAAGCCAGCUGAUAAGAGGCGAUUUCAGUAUGGCACCCCGAAUUCUCGACCAGUAACACCACCACGUGGGCUACAUAAUAAGAAUAAGAAAAAAUAAAUUAGGACAAGAGAUGAAUUAGAUCAAGAAGAAAUGAAAUUAAUAACAAUGGGGGGGAAAUUACAAUGGGAGGGGUGUUAAGAGUAAAAAAAAACCAACAACAACAAAAAUGAAAACUUUUCUUUAUGUGGGAGUGUAAAAGAAGUUAAAUCUUGUGAAGUAAUAAUAAUUAUAAACAAACAAAAAAAAAAUGAAAAAUGAAAAUACAUUCAAUAUCAUGUGAGAGGUAUAAUAAUUUUAAAGAAAAAGAAAUUGCAAGAAGGGAAGAAAUGAGUAAGCUUUGCUAAAAAGAAAGAAUAAUUCAAAAAUAUUCUCUUCUUUUAUUUUGAAAAAAAAAAAACUAAUACAGCAGCAUUUUUUUUUCUUUCCUCAAUUGUUAUAUAAAUGGCAUGCAUGAUAGGCUGGCAUGAUGCAUUAAGAAUGCAUUAGUAAACUUCUGAGAGAUGGUCCAGGAGAAAUAUUUCCUCCGAUUGCCAUUUAAUGGCAUGACGCAAGUUUUUUUUUAAAGAAGUAUUUUAAAGUUUUUUCUUGCUCCUUUAUUUAUUUUUCUUCAAUUUCUCAUUUUAGUUCACACACAAAAAAAAUUCUUUCAAAAUUAUAUUUAUUUUCUUUUAGAUAUAUUUUUUUUAAAAACUUUUAUUGCAUUCAAAACUAGCGCCAAAUAGAAGAAAUUGGCAAAAGGAUGAUUUUCUUUGUAAUUCAUGGACCUUCAAAGGGUUUCAAUGCAACUUGAUAAAAAAAGAAAGAAUAAGAAAAACAAUGAUAAUUUCAAUGCACAAAAAAAACAAAUGAUAAAUUUAAGUAAAAUUAUAAAUUGUAGGUUUUAAUAUUGAAUUUUAAUUGCAUUAUAUAAUUACACACUAAUUUGUUUAUUCUUUUAUUUUUUCCUUUCUUUAAAAUGUGUGCGUGUGUGUCCGUGUGUGAGUGUUGAGAAGGAGGGGGGGGGAGUGGGGAAUGUGAGUGAAAAGAAUUUUUUAAGUUUAUUUUUUUUUAAUAGAAAUAAAAACGUUUCGAAAUCAACACAGGUACACUCAUUGUAGGGAAUUAUUAAAAAACAAUUUUUUUCUUCAUUUUAAAUCCUUUAAUUCUGUGAAAUCGUAAAACAUGUUAUUUGUUUAGUUUCUUUUGUUCUUUGAUGAAAAGUAGAGAUUACAGAAAAAAAAGUAAGAAUGAAGACAGAUAGGAAGUUUUUGAAAGAGAGCGUAAGAAGAUUAAAAAAAAAAACAAGAAUAAUGAGUAAUAGUGUAAAUAUUUGACGAAGUGUUUUCAUAAUAAAAAAAAGAACAGUGAUUAGGAUGAAAAAUUGAAUUAUAUAUAAAUAUUAAACAAGAAGAAAACAAAAUAAAAGGAGUGGUAAAAAAAUGAGUUGAAUGUAAUUUGUUUAGGGGAUGAAAAAUUAAAAGAGAGUGAGAGAAGAAAAUGGGUAAAAUACAUAAAUUACACAUAAAAAAAUAAAUUUAAAGUGAAGAAAUAAUUUAGUGAGAAAAAAAGAUUAAAAAGCUAAUUCUUCAAUACAAAAUGGAAAAAUAAAAAACAUGAGAAAUUUGUGAAAAAAAAACAGUAAAUUAUUGUUGAAACAAUAUUCUUAUAUAGAUUAUGAUGACUUAGUAACUCCAUGAUGAAAAACUCUGUCCAAGAAAAAAAAAACAAAGCUCUAUGUAAUUCACUUUAAAAAAAAAGAAAAAUUAUCAAUUUCUUUUUAUCAUUUUUCAUUUCAAAAAAAUUCCUUUCGAAUAAUGUGAUUCAGUCAGUUUUAAUUGCAAUGUGCUUUUUUUUUAUUUGUUAAAAAAGAAAAGUAAAAUAAAUAAAUCGCCUUCCUAAGAGAAAAUAAGAAAUAAUUUCCAGGAAUAAAUUAAAGAAAAAAAAACUUUAAAGCUCCUUCAUGGAGGAGAAAUGAGGAAAUGCAAAAGAAAUAUAGAGAUAAAAUUUUUAUCAGAAGCAACCAAAAUUGGUUUGCAAUAAAAAAAAAUCUUAAAGGGGAUAUGUGUAGAAUGAGACAAACAAGAUAGAAAGAAAAGGGUAGAAAUUUGCUAUAAAUAGAUGUGCAAGAGAGUCUUCCGCUCAAAAUUGAGUUUCUAUUUUUCAUUUCAGUGGAUAUGAAUGGAAAAUUUUAUCUUUUUUGAGGGUAAAACAUGAGAAAAAGUUAAAGAUGUUGGGAAAAAAAUGCAUGAUCCUUUUUCCAAGAAAACAAAACCCAAAAUUACCUUUAAAAAAAAGACAGAAAAUCAACAAGCAAAAAACAUAAUACCUAUGUACCCCUAUAUAGGCUAAAUAGCUUCAUAUAUUCCUCUCUACGCAUAUUUUUUUUUCCAAAAAAAAAAUUCACAAAGGGAAUAUUUUAUUUUUCAUUUUUUAUACAUUUUUUUCUUUACCUUUCAAUUUAUUAAGAAAAAAUAAAUAAAAGAGAAAAAGAAAAAAAUUAAAACUUGGAUUUACAUUUAGUAGAAGCAGUAUUUAAAAUUACAUUGUAAUAUAUAUAUUUUUUGUAAAUUUUACAAUAAUAUAAUUAAUUAAUUAAACAAAAAAAAAAGUAUGAUACCGUAAAGUUAAAAAAAGAGAAAGAAGAAAACAAAAAUACACAUAAAAUCUCUUUCAAAGUGAAUGAAUUUACGUGAUGCUGAAAGAGAAGGAAAUUAUCAAAAAAAAAAACACAUUUAUUUUUAUUUUUGAAUAAAGAUGCAGCAAAAAGAAAGAUUUAUUUGCAAAUUAACAAAAAGUUUAUUAAAACAGCAAAAAACUAAGAAGAAAAACUUUAAACAAAAAAAACUACAUGAAAAAGGUAAAUUUUUGAAAUUCAAUAAUGAAAGAAAAAAUAUUCAAAAGUAAAGUACAAAUAGUACUUGGUCUUUUUUUACAUUUUAAAAUUAUUAAAUAUACCGAAAAAAAAAUUAUAUUAAUAAAUUGAUUAAAAAAAAAAAACAAGAAAAAAAUGAAUAGAAAUUCAAAAGAGAUGGAAAAGAGUUUAAUAAAAAAAAUAAAACAUGAAAUUCAUUUUAUUGUGUAUGUAAGGAGUAUGUGGAAGAAGAAGAAAAUAUAUUAAAAAAAAUAUAUAGAAUUAGCGUAAAGUAGAUAAUGACAAAAAAGAAGAAGAAAAAACACACUCUACACAGAAAGCAGAUUUAAAAAUUUAAUAAAAAAGAGAGAUAAAAUUGGGCUGAAGUAUGUGUGUGAGUGAUUGCGAUUAAGUGAAGAGGAUAAUUUAAAAAACAAAAAGAAAAGAAGAAUAAUAAUUUUUAAAAGAAUUUUAUGAUUUUCAUUUUUCAAAAAAAAAAGAAAAGAAAAACCAGUUAAUAUCAAACACUGAAUACACUCUCCUAAUAUUCAUAAAAAUUAUUAAGAUUUUAAAUAAUAAAAGAAAAAGAGAAUCAACACAUUCAAAAUAA